AUUCAGUUGUGAAGCCUUUAAACUUAACAGUUAAACACACGAAAUGCCUUUAUUUGCACCCGUGGACGUUUACCGACUUUAUUUGCCAAAAGAUAUUUCGGAUAAAUAUACAGUGAAAUUCAAAGCCAUCGGGUUCAUUCAUAUUAUAAUCGCCACCAUCUCAAUCGUGAUAGAAGGUGGGGCGGUCGUGUUCUACAUCAAUAGGAUGGCUUAUUAUCCAAGCAUCGCUCCAGGAAUAUGGGCAGGCGCACUGUUUUUAUUUGCUGGGAUAUUUGCAAUUUUAUCAGCGGGAACUGGAAAAUAUUGCCAUGUAAUAGCCAGCAUGGUGUUCGCAGUUUUGUCAUUCCUCGGUGGAUCUGUUGUCAUCUGCUGCAACGCCUAUUUUGCAAGAUUGUUUAUGAUCGAGAGAAUGAAACCGAUCGCCAUAUCGAUGUAUGAUGAAGACACAAAACUUAUUCCUCCACUGUUGAUACUGGUUGCCGCCUCGUUCUGUGAGCUCAUACUUUGCAUCACACAUUUCGGGAUUGGUUGUGCAGCUACUAGGACUUGUUUCUGCUGCGUACAGAAGAGAGAAAUGAGAGACACAGAAAUACGACUAAAUUAUCCUCGUCCUUUCGUGAGAACGGUGUCGAGUCACGUGACAAGAGCUGACAGCUUCAAAUACCAAGGACCAUACGACACAGUAACAACGAAUUAUUAUCCAUCCUACAGUAGGCGAGAAUUCAAUGUUUAAAGACUUGGUUAUCACUUGCUCCGGACGAAAUUUAGGAAUAUGUCUUUAGUUUCACAGCAAGGGCGUGUCAAACUUUUCCGAUGCCCGGGGCGAAUUUGUGAUACUGAUGCCCCCUAUACCUGACUCCAAAAAUAAUUUGGGAGAUAAACAAAAUAUAGAUGUUGUUAUACAUGAGAAUUAAUAAACUAAAGGUCAAGUGAGAGUAAAAAUAGUCGUAUUAUUUUUAUUUAAAUUAUCAAACUAAGUAACAAACUCACCGCUACAACGUGCUGCCUGGGGCCGCCGACGAUAUGCCCCCCUCUAGAUGCGCCCCUGAUUUCAGUUAUUCAUGCCGCACACUAACGCAAAUAUAUUUCUGUAAGGCUUGGUCUGCUAUCUUUACUCUUGCUAUAGAAUCGUUUGCGUACAUAUUCGCCGGAACAGCAUAGAAGAAGGACGAGUACUUGGCCCGCAGAAAUGAAUCGAUCGGAAGUUCAGGGAAGUAAUUUUCAAAUGGGGGAAGGGUGUCUGAAAUUUCGGUACUCCUGAAGUAUGCGCACCAAAAUGUCGCACAACCUGAACCUUGACCUGGUAUACAACCUGAAUUCAGGUUGUGCACCAUCUUGGUGCGCGUACUUCGGAAGGUCCUGACAUUUUUAAUUGGCAAGUUAGACCAGGGGUGGGCAACUUCUCUAGUCGGCGGCCAGAUGUUGGAAAAUGAAGUCCUCGGU